GUCGUCGUCGUGCUAGCCCCACCCGUCUGUCUUCGCAACGCCAAUUUUCUCCCUCGUCGCUACUCCCGCGGAGAAGACGACCGACAUGAACAACUCGACUGCGCAGUCCUGGACUGCAGCAGACAGCUUCGACAUGGACACAACGCCAGACGACUUUGCCGGCGCAGAGUUUAUUGACUUUGACAAUCUCGACCUGCACUUCGACAUUGACGCCUACAACACCCACGGACCCGCCCCGACUGGAAACCAGCUCGCCGAUCUGUCCGACUCGCUCAACGUCCACCACCUCCAAGCCCAGUUUCCCCCACAGCUGGCCCCGGAUUACCAGCAUGCCGCCAACGCUGCCCAAGACGCGACAGACAUCGACAGCCAUGCCAUGUCCCAGCCCCCAAACACCAACACCAACUUGUUCGACUAUGCCUUGUCGCAGCAACACACGCACGCCGCCGCCACCCCGGCCUAUGCCCACGCCCCAGACCAAAUAUACCGCCCACACCAGGGCGUCCCCCCAACCCCAAACAGCACCGAAAUGCAUGGCGACCCUACCCGCUACCUCCAGCACCUGGAUCAGCAGCACGCCCUCUUUGACCAGAGGUACCCCAUGCGCAAAGAUGAUGCCACAUUUACCCCGCUCGUAUCGCCCGCCGUCACUCCCCACGACACGCGCUUCCAGAUUCCCGACUUCACCAUGUCUGCAUCCUACUUUAGCCCUCUGACCUCACCCGCCCUGAAUGCGCAAACCCACCAACAUGCCCACCACCCAUCGCAGAACACCACCUCGGGAAGCUCGACCGGCCACUCGCCCAUUGACGUGGACAUGGACCUGCUCGGCGAGCCGGCCAUGGUAGCACAAGAGCACGGCAGAAGGCCAUUGAGGAAUACAAGCAAACGAGCCAUGCCGCGCACCAACGGGACCUCCCGCGUACGACAGUCGCCCAUUGUAAAACCAAACCGGCGGAAGGCAACUGUUUCCUCACUGAUUCCGCCAAAGGACGUCACAGACCUAAUGGAGGAGGCGCGUUCGCAAUGCCCUUCUUCCAGUGGCUUGGAUGCGCUCCGCACUCGCGAAAGCUCAGAGACCGAUUCCAUCUCUCCGGAGCCCAUGUUGUCAGAAAUGCGACCACCGCCCAAGCCUCGCUCCUCGACGGCUUCUCCUGCCGUCGCGGCCCAGCGCAGCAGUCAGCACGGCACUCCAGCGACCCCCGCGUCUCUGAUGCGCAUACAGCCAUCACCUGACUUCAAUGGUUCUGAACAAGCUCCGCUCGUACUUGAAGAUCUUACGCUUCCGGAAGCAUCUCUUGACCGACCGAGCCUGUCAAGAUCAGACACGGCAAUUCGCGACCAAGACGGUGAUACGCCUCGCCUGGCUGCACGAAAGACACCAAAACUGAACCCUUUGAGCACACCCGGCGCAUCCAUGUCUGGCCGGCCCAGCCCAAUGCUGGAUGCCAUGUCCACUCCAACAAGCCCAGCCUACUCCAUGACGAAUGGCAGAAAGGACACAAAGGCUGCCCGCAACCCGAAAAAGAGAAACAGCGUCAGCUCAAGUCUUGUCAGCCCUGCUCUAAGACCCAAAAUCUCUCCAAGCAUAAAACCCCUACUUCCAGACGCAGGAAAUGGUGCUGCCGACAAUACCCAUGCUCUUCUGCUUGCGUCCAAGUCCAACUAUCAGAACAUCCUCGACGGCACCACCGUCCCCGGCGUCGUCUAUCCUACGUCCCUUUCGACAAACCUUACCUCAAAACGCACUUCGCAUAAGAUUGCUGAGCAAGGUCGCAGAAACCGCAUCAAUACCGCUCUCCAGGAGAUGCAGGCUCUACUUCCCUCAUCACGAUUUGGUGCUGUAUCCGACGCCAAAAGUCCAGAGACAAACGCACAGAAUUCCAAUAAUUCAAAAGCAGCCAAGGUGGAAAGUGCGAUUGAAUACAUCAAGCAACUCAAACAGGAGGUUUCUGAACGGGAUGAACUACUUAGCAAAAAGGAAACUGAGAUGGAUGCGCUGAAGAAGGAACUGGCUGAAUUGAAACAACGAAACUCUCAGAGUGCCGCACCCGAGGCGGAACCCCAGCCAAAGACUGAGCCUUCACCUAGUCCGAACACUGAAAACGAAACUUGAAGAGACGGUGAGAUGGGCGAGACUUGAUCUUUGUACCUGACAUUACUCUGUUGGAAAAAACCGCGGCAUACAUAACCUGCAGGCUUGCAGCACACGCUUCGAGUGGUCGCACUCAGCGCCAAGCCCCCGCUCCCAGCGCCGCGGAAAUGCGGGCAACCCAUGCGUCUUGCUCGCCAAGUUCCGCACCACCUUGCACAUUUGGUCUUGGCCAUAUCUGCAGAAGCUCACUCUGGAACCUGCUGUUGCAUUAACGAAUCAAUCAUGCUACGCAUUCGAAAUGUGGUCAUCGAUGGAACUGCCUAGCCAAAGGGAUGAAACAAGGAAAAUAUUCAUGGGAUAUGUAUGCAUUAUGCCACAGCAGAAGACCUCCCACCAUUACAUGCGCUCACAGCUAUCUGCCCAAGUGAGAGUUGUUACACUUC